AGUUCGUAGGGUUGUUCGGGAAUUCUCGCAGUUUGCUCGGUGAGUGAAAUAAGGCUCGUGCCGCGAAUCUGCGGUCGGAAGCUUUAAUUCGCCGAGACCUCGAGAAAUUCUGUCGGGGAGGGUCCGUUUUUUUGUGUCGAUUGUUGGUGUUUGUGUGAUUUGUCUGGUGGUUUGUGGGCGUGCAUUCUGAGCAGGAUUUCGAGGAGUUGCGGUUGUUGAAAUUUGGUGGAGGCUGGGGAGUUCUUUCCGUCUGUAGGAUGCGGCUCGAGUGUUCGUUGUGGGCUGAAUCUGGUGGUGGAAUUUGAUGGUUAUGGUGGUGGGUGUAAAUGUUUCAGUACAGGAGCAACUGGAAGGAUGGCUCGGAGGCGCGCGAAUUUGCGAAUUUGAGGAGUUAGAUUUGGGGUUAGUGGCUGAAGAUAUGAGCAAAAUUGGUGCAGGAAGGGUGUUCGAGUUUGUCGUAGGAAGCCUAGUUUCUGUAUGAAGCACAGAGGACGCGAGUUAACUGUCCGGGUUUGUUUCGAUCACCGGUUGCUCAAAUCAAACUCCUGCUGUCAGUGAGCAGUGGACAUAGGAAUCACGAAGCUGCAAGCUGGAAAUUUCUUUCGGGAUUUGAGGGUGACCAAGUUAACCGGAGUGGGAAGUGUGGAAAACCUGCGAAAUGGCAACAUCAGUGGUUCCGGGGUUGGUUUCACUGAAUCUUCCCACACUUGUCACAUCCCGAAGUAGUAAGGGGAGAGGACCAGUCAAUUCUGUUUCGUUGCCCGCCACAACCUUGGUCUGCCCUGGUUGUCAUACUCCUCAAGUAUCAGACAGAUUAAGGGCGAAGCGACGCGUUUGCACAAUUUCUUCUUCGCGCCUCAGGUGGUUCCAAGGUGAAAGUUCUAGAGAUAUCUCAGCUUCGAGAGGUCGGUCUGCAAGCAGCUUGAAUAGUACACAUGUUAUAUCUAGAGAUGGUUCUGCCUCAGCGUCCGUCUCGAAUCGGACCUCAAGAAAUUUUGCUCGAAGAUCCUCACUAAGCUGUAGAUUUGGGGCACUGGUGUCUCGCGGAGCACUUCCGAACAAUGUAUUGAAGCCAGGAGUGGCCCAACAAAGAAGAAGUAGCUCCUCAGACGAAAGCCUGCGAUGUCCAGGCGAUUGUAUUGCACCUCGAUUGAUACGGUCUUCACGAGGCUUAGUCGCACGUGCAUCAGCCGGUCACAAUGAGCCCCAUGCCGUUACGUGGAUGCCAGAGGAAGGUAUUCGGGAGAAAGACGAGAAGGAUUUUUUGAAUGGGUCCGAGGCAGAAACUGCAGAUGUCGAAGAGUUUCUGCAAUCAAAGCUCCCAUCUCAUCCGAAACUACAUCGUGGGGAACUGAAAAAUGGUCUUCGUUAUGUCAUUCUUCCCAAUAAGGUACCUCCAAACAGGUUCGAAGCCCACAUGGAGAUGCACGUGGGAUCCGUCGAUGAGAUGGAGAACGAACAAGGUAUAGCACAUAUGAUAGAGCAUGUGGCUUUCCUGGGGAGUAAGAAGCGAGAAAAGCUAUUGGGAACUGGAGCUCGGUCAAACGCUUACACAGACUUCCACCACACAGUUUUCCAUGUGCAUUCACCAAUUACAGCCCAGGGCUCGAAUGAACCACUGCUUCCUCUUGUUCUCGAAGCUCUUCACGAGAUUGCGUUCAAACCAAAGUUUCUUUCUUCGCGUGUCGAGAAGGAGCGGAGGGCUGUAUUAUCGGAAUUACAGAUGAUGAAUACCAUCGAAUAUAGAGUUGAUUGCCAGCUCCUACAGCAAUUGCACUCGGAAAAUAUGUUAGGCUACAGGUUUCCAAUCGGACUUGAAGAACAGAUUCAAAAGUGGGAUCCUGAGACCAUCAAAGCAUUCCAUGAACGCUGGUAUUUUCCAGCAAAUGCCACGCUCUUCAUCGUCGGAGACAUUGGGAGCGUUAGUCGAACUCUUCAGAUGAUUGAGGCACAAUUUGGAUCAACCCCGUCAGCGGUGGUACCUAGCACUAACCCAACAGAUACGUCGCCUCCAAAAUACAAAGAAAGGCACCCCAUAAGACCACCGGUGGUUCAUAACUUUUCCGUACCAGGAGGUCCUGGACUUCUCAAACGGCCAUUUGUUUUUCAACAUGAACUCCUGCAAAACUUCUCCAUUAGUUUGUUUUGCAAGACUCCAGUCCAAAAGGUCCAGGUUUAUUCGGACCUGCGUGAUGUACUGAUGCGGCGAAUCGUUCUUUCUACUCUGCAGUUUCGAAUCAACACUAGAUACAAGAGUGCCAAUCCACCGUUUAAUGCUAUCGAACUCGACCACAGCGAUUCAGGAAGAGAAGGUUGUGCCGUUAGUACCCUCACAGUAACAGCAGAGCCAAGACAUUGGGAAGGUGCAAUCAAAGUUGGUGUCCAAGAGGUGAGGAGGCUGAAGGAGUUUGGAGUGACUAGGGGAGAGCUUGCUAGGUAUCUGAAUGCGCUCCUCAAGGAUAGCGAACAUUUGGCUGCGAUGAUCGACAACGUACCGUCCGUUGACAACCUUGACUUUAUUAUGGAGAGUGAUGCCCUCGGGCAUACUGUUAUGGACCAGCAGCAAGGUCAUGAAAGCCUUAUGGCUGUGGCGGAAACCGUGACUCUCGAAGAUGUGAAUGCAGCUGCGGCAGCAAUGCUUGACUACAUCGCUGAUUUUGGAAGACCAACCUCUCCGUUGCCUGCUGCUAUAGUUGCCUGUGUUCCUAAGACCUUGCACGUUGAGAAUGAAGGUGAUAAGCCCUUCGAGAUCACGUCAGAUGCCAUUCUCGACGCAAUACUGGCAGGACUGAAUGGUGCCCUAUCUCCAGAACCAGAGCUAGAGGUUCCAAAGGAACUAGUUUCCCCUUUCCAGUUGGCGGCUCUGCGAAUGAUGCGACAACCAUCUUUUGUCACUGUUGCUGAACGUGGAACCCAGCUGAAACAUGUGGAUGACUCAACUGGAGUCAUUCAACGACGGUUGUCAAACGGAAUACGCGUGAAUUACAAGCUUACCCAAAAUGAAGCGAAAGGAGGCGUGAUGAGGUUGGUUGUCGCUGGUGGAAGGGCACGAGAAACUCCAGAAGCGAGUGGAGCUGUUGCAGUUGGUGUUCGAACUCUGAGUGAAGGUGGUGCAGUAGGGGGCUUCUCCCGUGAACAGGUUGAACUUUUCUGUGUCGGGAACCUGAUCAACUGCGUGCUAGAAGCUGAUGAAGAGUUUAUGUGCAUGGAUUUCCAUUUCACUUUGCGUGAUGGUGGAAUGCGGGCUACUUUUCAACUCUUACAUAUGGUUCUGGAGCACAAUGUCUGGCUGGAAGAUGCUUUGGACAGGGCAAAGCAGCUGUAUCUGUCCCAUUACAGGUCAAUGCCAAAGAGCUUGGAGCGAGCCACAGCUCAUAGGCUCAUGAGAGCGAUGUUCAAAGGCGAAGAACGAUUCAUCGAGCCAUCACCUCAAGCUAUAGAAAGACUCUCUCUAUCAGUUGUCAAGGAGGCAGUCAUGAAGCAGCUUGUGACUGGAAACAUGGAGGUUUGUGUGGUAGGCGAUUUCAGCGAAGAGGAGCUCGAGUCGUGUUUGUUAGACUAUAUUGGAACUGUAACUCCUGAAAGUAAUGUUGAAGUGCGUAAGGAGUUUGAAGCCAAAGAAAAACCUGUCGUUAUUGACCCAUCACCUGCAUUCGAAAUGCGACAUCAAAAGGUUUUUCUUAAGGACACAGACGAGCGAGCCUGUGCGUACAUAGCAGGUGCGGCCCCGAAUAGAUGGGGUUUCACCGCCGACGGGCACGAUCUGAAUACUCUUAUCGAACCUGUGCCUCCUUCUCUCUCAGAGGACCAAGCAUGCAAUCUGGCACCCCCUGGUGUGGAAGUAGUGAAGGAUAACGAUGGGGUUUUAUGCUGGAAAAGAAAGCGACAUCCUCUCUAUGGCUCAGUAGCAAUGACGCUCUUAGCGGAAAUUAUAAACGCCAGGUUAUUCACGACAGUAAGAGACGCUUUAGGUUUGACGUAUGAUGUUUCAUUCGAACUUAGCUUGUUCGAUCGGUUGAAAGCGGGCUGGUUCGUCAUAUCGGUCACUUCUACACCAGCCAAAAUUCAACAAGCUGUUGAAGCUUCUUUGAACGUACUCAGAGGUCUGCACGGAAGUCGAGUCAAUCAGCGGGAGCUUGAUCGGGCAAAGAGAACGCUGAUGAUGAGACAUGAGUCGGACUCAAAAGAUAACACUUACUGGCUGGGGUUAUUGACUCAUCUGCAAGCUCCGUCCGUAAGUAGAAAGGAUGUUGGGUGCAUACGGGAUCUUCCUUACUUGUAUGAAGUUGCAACUGCGGACGACAUAUAUAAUGCCUACAACCACUUAUGUCUGGAUGACGAAUCGCUAUUCACUUGCAUUGGAGUGGCUGGAGCCGAGGCUGGGAAAGGAACACCUGUGGUCGAAAUUGAAGAGGAACCAAGUGAAGUUGAAACUUUUGGAGGACUUCCUUCCCAUGGGAGAGGCUUGUCCACAAUGACCCGGCCUACCACCUAGGCCCCGUCCUUGUAUCAAACUAAUUGCUGGUAUCCUAUCAGACACAAAGUGCGAUAGCAUUGUGCCUAACACUCCAAUAUUCUUUGCUCUCAUCAACAUGGGCUCCUGUACAAUUGAAGGUGCAGGAGUACUUGGAUGUUUCUGAUUUCCACAGAGCGAUAUGGACGGUGGUCUAUCGCUCGUGUUCAACCUCGAGCUUGUUAAGUACCCAUGCAUACUUGAAAGACUGCAUGUUCAUCUCGGUGGCCUCGCUUUCCAAAUUCUCAUAACACUCUGAUCGAUCUUUCCAAGCUAGUACAUGAGCUGCCGGUGUGUCCGUUGUGCUGGUUGUUUUUGAAGUGAGGAUGGCUAACGGCCACUUAUCGGCCGAUAAUCGAUCUUGCCAGUAUGUAGAAAGUCUGUACUAUUCGUAAAGGGAACGAUGACGGAGGAGAUGUCUUUGUGGGAGGACACCCAGAAAAUUAGUAAUAAAGUAGUGAACACGACAAUUAUAAGUUCCAGUAAUGACUGACUAAUUUUGAUUUUGAAGUCAUGCUUAAAAAAAACUCGU